AUGUCGGCCACGUCUGCGCUUUUAGAGAGCCAACGUGAGCACGAAAUUUACCUCCCAUUGACCGCCCAAGGAAACGACAAGAAAAUAGCAGAUGAUGGCUUAGAUACAUACCAAGUUCAUAAUACACAGCCACGGCUCCAUAUAUCAGCGGCGCCGCCCGACGACGAAUUGUCGCCGAUGCAGACAGACCCCGAAAUCCCAUCGCGUUCAGGAUCAGUCUCGUCUUCCCUUGACCCGUACUAUUUUGGCAUUCAGACUCCUGCAGACUCGCCUGCACCGCAGUUUCCUGAACCAGGAUUUCUCUCCAUGACGCCUGAAACGCGCACCCCAAAUGAACCAGUUACGCCAGGGCGCGAUCCUGCCAACAUUGACAGGAUGGGCCUCGUGGGUGUAGGCGAGCUGGCUACCCCGCGAUGGGGUAAAAUACAGAGGCAUCCACAUGACGAGGAUACAGAUAUCCAUCAGGAGCAGAUUCACGGAGAUGAUGUCCUUGAGGAAGAUGUCACGGAACUCGUCAUUGACGAGGUCGAGAAGGAUGGUCCCGAUAGUCCAUGGACCAUCGAAGCGGUCGACGGCGAGUCAGACGGCAAAGAUGAGCCAACGGACGUAAACCCGGUUACCCGUACUCUGCGUUCACGGAGAUCUAUAGCGGAUGAAAGUGGCGGCGAGGAAAUUUUGUACCCCCGCAAGCCUUACGGUUCCGACUUCUUGCAUCCCACCAUUUUACCUAAACAUCCCUCUGCAUCUCCAGAAGAGCCACCCUCGCCACUUUUGCCCCCGCUCCCUACCGAACAACCCUUCCUCAGUGGCUCGUCUGCUCCCAGCGCAUUUACUCCGCUGCGCAAGGCUAAGAAGCGCACGUCGGACGAGUUUGAGAUGGAUCAUACAGGCUCUCUUGUUUCCAAACUGUCGGGUGUUCCCAAAGAUCGCACUGGCUCAGCAGCCAGGGAUAAGGAUGAUAAAUCUGCAUCGACGCGCAAGCAUCGCAGCAUCGGGUCCAGUGUUUCUGGAAAUGCCUCUCGCGAUCGUGCCCGGCGUCGGGAAAGCCUCAAUGUCACUGCGCCAGCCAAACUUUGUGACGCACCCCCUCCAAUGGAUCCUACACCUGUGCGCUCGGAAAGGGAGAAACAUACGCGUCAGCUUUCCGGUGGAUCUUCGUCGUCUGGCCAUGAGGCUGCCCUUCACGCACAUUCUCGGCGUGUGCAUACCACGGACUUCUCUCACCUCCCUCCCUCCCCUUCGACAACCUCCAUCCAACAUAUUCUCCGGCACGCUGGCAGUGCUACCAGUACCACCAAUCCACCUUUACGUCCACCCUCAUCUCACAAGGACAUCGCAGCGCCCCAACCCCAACCCCAAGCUCAUUCUUCACCUAAUGUUGCACACUCGCUCCUCCGCGGGACACAGGAAGGUUGGUCGGGCUUAGACGACGAUGCUCACGCUGAGGCUCUGCGUAAGCUCGACGGACUGUCGACGAAGACCGCACGUGCACGCGCGAGCGUUGGGAGCUUUGGAAGGCCUUCGAGUAUGAGUCGCCCUGGGACGCCUGCUAGCACUGCUGGCAGAUCUGGAGUGCACUGGGAGGGUGUCAGUUCCGACGGUGGAGGCAAAAUGACUCGCCGGGGCAGCACCAAGGACAGAAAGGAGGAGCACCCUCAGCGUCAGCCUAUUGGCCUUGGUAUUUCUUUUUCCGGGGACGCUUCGCAGGAGCAUACCGAAGUUCGAGGUGGUGGGAUUGUCAGCAGCGACGAGCAUGCGUAUAGCUCAUCUGGUGUUGAGAAAACUCCGAAAAAGCCGGGUUCUAUGAGUACACGCUUGAGUUUCACUCCAAAGCGUGGGUCUGCGUCAUCCACUACAUAUACAAGCACCCCAACGAGUUCGCGUGAUUCCGCAUCCAUGUCAACGGCCACCAGCAUGACUUCAGUAUCUGGCCCUUCGGCCUCUGGUCGCCAUUCAACUGGUGCCGGCAAGGGAAGGCGGAACAGUGCGGGUAGUGAUAUUUCCAGCGCAUACUCAGGUGGUGAUGUGGCAGUGUUCAAGGACCGUCAACCUUCCUUCGCCGCCAGCGGUGAAGCACUGGAAGAAGAUCGGGUCCCCCCUGUCCCACCGUUACCCAAGGACUUAUCUACUUAUCGGUCCCCACCCCAAUCCUCACAUGGCAUUACAUUCCCUCCUUCUGGCGCCGAUGAGAGCGACGUUGACCGCACUAUGUCAUUAGAGGUUCCCCCGGGGUCUUCGAAGCCACUCUCACAUUCGCACGCCCAAUACUUAUCGUCUGGGAAUCACGGAAGCUACUCCUCUCCCGAGUCUGUUCCUUCAGUCACUAAGACGCCCUCGAAGAAAUGGAGCUUCUCUGCACUCAAUAUCAAGCUCACUCCGUCGAUGUCGUCGAUGAAGGGGAAAGAUUCACCGUCGAGCAAGUCUUCAGGCUUCCCUCUCAGUCCCCGAUCGGUGCAGACGUUCGGUCAGCAGUUGCGGAAGUCGGGAUCAAGGGAACAAGCGCUUUCUCCUCCCGUCGCUCCUGGUGCUUCUUGGUCUCCUGGUCAGCCAGAUGCGAUGACAUCUGCUGCAUCCCUCGCCUCCAUGUCUUCUGUCGGGUCUACCCGCACCCCGAAGUCCCCUGUUGUCUUAUCGGGCAAAGCACCUAGCCGCCCUGAAACGGCUUCUAGUGUCAGCCAUCACACGACGUCCGCCCUGUCUGCUCCUCAUAAUGCCCCACUCAGUCCCUCGUCCAUGCGACGUCAGCAAUCUAAACGUCUCACGCCAUCGUCCAUACCAUUCUUCCGUCGCUCAUCCUCUCAAAGCAUGCAAAUACCCCCUUCAAACCAAGUUACCAUGUCCAUAUCACCGACGCUAUCAUCAGGCAAUGGUGCUUCUGCAUCCCAUCACGUCAAGGCAAGCCGCUCUCCAAACAAAGAAUCAAGUCGUGGUGUUCCCACUACUCCCGCCUCUUCACAGAAGAAAUCGUCCGUGCUUAGCCUUGGCCUUCCCUCAUUGCUGAAAUCUAGUUCACGGAGAAGUCUGCAUGGGGAUAAGAGUGAUACUGGCACUUCUAAGGAAAGCAAGGAAAGUGCGAGGUCCAAGGAUUCGGAGAAAGAGAAGUCGAAGCAAGACCAAAAGGAUCGUAGUGAAAGCAGAAUAUCUGUGUUGAUGGGACGUAAGAGAGGCAAGACCCUAUCGUCUACAGAUCCAAAAAAGGGUGCUUCUGCGAUUGCCUUACCACCCAUGCAGAUGUCCGCAUUACCUGCCACCACUGCUCAGCGUGUUGCGAAUCUGAAGAGCGGUUCGUCGGCGUCUACCCCUGCAUCCUCCAUUACACGGACACCAUCCACGUCACGUGUGACCUCUCAAACUGUAAGCUCAAUGCAAAAGCAGUCAGAUGCUUCGCUACGGAGUCGAAACCAGCCUUUACCCACGAUUGCUGGGUCACCAUCUGUUGGAACCACUGGGUAUAGCGUGCCAAAGGAGUCAAAAGAUUACCCGCCGUCAGUGCUACUGAAUUCGAUAGGUGGCAUGUCAAAGGAAACGCCCACCAAGAUUCCCCGCAUUUCGAGCCGUACGUCAGCUGCAGGAUCUCCUGGACUUGGCAGUGCAACUGUAUCCAGUCGUCGCAUUAGCCUUAACGUUACCGCGCCUUCGACGGACCCUUCACCCACGCCUGGUGAUGCUGCAAUAAACGAGUUUGGUGUUCUGGAGAAUGGCGACGCACAAGUUGCGAAGCCAUCGGGCGAAACGGCAUCAAGGCGACUGUCUGUCCGAGCUUCUCCGUCCAUCAACUCCCGAGUUCCAAGGCAAGUCUCUGGGCCUCCAUCCUCUGGCGGCAUCCCUCGAAAGUCCAAUCGCGACUCGGUCUCCUUCAGCGCUCUACGCAAGGCGUCCACGGGUUCUGUGGCCUCCACUGCCUCUGUGGCCCUUCCUAGCGAAACAACGCACUCGCAUAGGUUUUCGGCUUUGUCUCCGUCAAAAGGUUUGAAACUGCUUAGCCCCAAGAUUUCUCUCUCCAGUCGGUCUUCGAACAACCACAGUUCAACGUCUAGCGCUCAGCGGGCUCAUGCAGGGACUCCUGCGUCAAGUCGUCAGUCGCUAUCGACCCCUUCUCCAGUCCCUAGCAACAUCGAUGAAGAGGAAUUCCUCGGCGACGAAGAGAUGAUGCAGUACAUCAGACGACAACAGACUAAGAAGAUGGCACACGGGGCAUCGCAGGCUGAAUUGGACGAUCUGCUCAAGUUCCCAGAACCAAUACCACCAAGCCCUGGCUUGUCGCCUGAAGAGGUGUUAAAUUCUUCCCAGGCUCAGUUCCUGUCCGAAUAUGAGAAGGAAGAGAUUCUCAACUAUCCCCAGGUUUACUGUAUCGGUUCUGGGAGCCCGAAGAAGAACGCGCAUCCUCAGAUUGUCGUCAACAACUUCGGCUACGACGAUGAACGUGGCGAUUACCAAGUGAUCAAUGGGGAUCAUCUCGCUUUCCGCUAUGAAAUCAUGGAUACCUUGGGCAAGGGCUCGUUUGGUCAAGUGCUGAACUGUAGAGAUCACCAGACGGGCGAAUCUGUUGCGAUUAAGAUCAUCCGGAAUAAGAAGCGUUUCCAUCACCAAGCACUGGUGGAGAUCAAAAUCCUUGAUAAUCUUCGUAAAUGGGACCACGAAGAGAAGCACCAUGUCAUCAAGAUGACCGAGCACUUCUACUUCCGCAAUCACCUUUGCAUCGCCAUGGAACUACUCAGCAUCAAUUUGUACGAAUUGAUCAAAGCAAACGGGUUUGUUGGGUUCACGACCACCUUGAUACGACGCUUCACCAGCCAGAUGAUAUUAUCUCUGUGCUUGAUGCGGCAUCAUCGCAUAGUGCAUUGCGAUCUCAAGCCAGAGAACGUCUUGUUACGACACCCCGCGAAGAGUGCCAUCAAGGUCAUAGAUUUCGGCAGCAGCUGCUUAGAGCACGAGAAGAUCUAUACUUACAUCCAGAGUCGUUUCUAUCGUUCUCCUGAAGUUAUCCUCGGCAUGAACUAUCACAUGGCUAUCGACAUGUGGAGUUUAGGUUGCAUCCUCGCCGAGCUAUAUACCGGGUUCCCUAUCUUCCCCGGUGAAAAUGAGCAGGAGCAAUUGUCUUGCAUCAUGGAGGUCUUGGGGCCCCCAGACAAGGACUUCAUUAAUCGUAGCUCCCGAAAGCGACUCUUCUUCGACAACAAUGGCGCACCCCGGCCUGUGGUGAAUUCCAAGGGUCGUCGUAGACGACCUGGAACGAAAACGCUUGCUCAAGUUUUGCGGUGUCAAGAUGAGGACUUCGUAGACUUCAUUGCGCGGUGCCUUGUAUGGGAUCCUGAGCGAAGGAUGAAACCUCAAGCAGCGCUGCAACAUAACUUCCUCCGUGCAGGACGUCGAAGCAAGAUCACUAGCUCCUCGCCAGCUACUACAAAGGCUUUGCUUUCUUCAUCCAGCCUUACCAGCUCCCGCACGACCAAAGUUGCUGAGACACCCAAGAAGUCGCAGAUCAGUGCUCCCACUCCUUUGACCGCCAGGACUUCACGAACGACCACGAACGGAGUACCCUCCACUCCAAUACACACGACUACUGCAGGAUCAUCAUCUCGGACGUACCGGUCCGGCCAGUCGCAUGGCCUUUCCACCCAAUAUUCCAGCCGGACACUCAGUGGGUUCGUAGUGAGUCCUCAAUCCUCGUCGGAAAUGCCAUUCGAACAAGAGCUUAUGAGCUGGCUGCAGACAACAGCCUCUUUGAAAUGA